UCGAAUACGUUACAGUGCGGACGUAUAAUAACGCCUGACGCCUAUCUUGAGCCAGCUGACGCAAUAGGCAUUAGAAGCGUGACAUAUUCAUCCUUCAUAAAGCGUUGCUGUGUGUGCAGAAAUUAAAUCAUUCGAAAUAGCAUGUCGUCGAUUUUCGACUUCUUCCGCGGUAUCUUUGGCAAAAGCUCAACUCAGGAGCCGCAACCACAUAGGCUCCGAGAUGAUCCGAGGUACGGCAAUAAUUUCAGAAACCCCAUUUGGCAAACCGACGACCAGGAUGAGGACGACAUCAACGACUUUAGAGGUCAAAGCAGAUAUCAGUUCAGAAUAUUUAGCGAUCCGUUCGAAAUGACGAGAUUUUUCGAAACCCAAAUGGAUGAUUUGAUGAAGAGCUUUUUUGGCGGUUUCGGUCUUGGUAACUUCGGUGAUCGUCAAUUCGCCAUCGGUCCUUUUGAAGGUUCUGAUAAUAUGUUACCACCAACGGUUGAUGACAGUAAACACAAAGCAGGUCCAAGAGAUGAAGUGUUAAAACCUCAAUUUGUUAACCCGGAAUCUCAUGGAUUUGACAAUUUUUCCAUCCAACUUCCUGGUGAGAAUGCAGAUCCAAAGAGACUCAGAGAAGAUCUUUUAAAACCAUCUUAUCAAUUACCCGAUGGGAAUCAACAGGACACAGAUAUUGAUGGAAAAGUAAAUUCAGAUGAACUAGCCAAAGUUUGGAAAAGCCCAAACAAUUCAGUUCAACCUUUUUCACCAAGCAGAAAAUCGUUCUUUUCUGCAUUCAGUAGUUCUACACAAAUGAUCAGACGACCAGAUGGAAGUGUAGAACAGCGUAAAACAGUGAGGGAUAAUGAGGGCAAUGAAGAAAUUAGUGUUACUAGACAAAUAGGAAAUAAAUUACACACAAUUACUACCAGAAAAGCUAAUGAUGGGUCAGAAACUCAAUCAGAAGAUAUAGUAAAUAUGGAUGAAAAUGAAUUAAAAAGUUUUGAUGAAAAAUGGCAAACUCUCCAAUCUCCUUUGAGAGAAAGUAGUCAAGAUGAUGUUCCAUGGUAUUCAUUUUUUGGACCCUAUCCAAAGCUAUAAUAAAAUUUAAUAGAAUAAUUUUUAGAAAAUUAGAAAAUGUAUAUAAAUUGAUUGUUCUGACUUUAGUAUCUUUUAUGAAUUAAUGCUGAGUAAAAAUUAUAAAAAUUAAGUUAGCCACAUGUUUAGUCAAAUAUUUUUAAUAAAAGAAAAAUCAGUUCAAAGUUUCUGAUAACGAUA